CCGUGUACGCUGUUGUGUACAAGCUGCGUCAGCGCUUGGGCUUACCUCAACCAAUUAAUCCCCCAAAAAGUCCUUGCAAUCGUUAUUUACCCAAGUGUACAUCGAGUGCAGUUGUUCAUUAGUGUUUUAAUUUCAAUAAAAAACUUUGAAAUAUGGUAUUGGCAGAGAGAAAUUCGGAGAACGUGAGGAACGGGCGGAGAUCCAGGGGCCCCAGCCCCAAUGGACAAACUGAAUCCUCCAGUGAGGAGGAUGGAGUUCCAGCUGAGAAGAUUCGAGUGGGCAGGGACUAUCAAGUUAUCGUGCCUGAGUUCAUUCCAGUUGGUGAACGACGAUUGGAGAAGUGUCCAGACAGAGCCCUGCUGGUGUGGUCACCCACUACAGAUAUUCCAGACCAAAAAUUGGACGAGUACAUCAUCCUGGCGAAAGAGAAAUAUGGGUACAAUGGGGAACAGGCACUGGGCAUGUUGUUCUGGCACAAGCACAACCUGGAGAGAGCAGUCCUGGAUCUAUCGAAUUUCACCCCAUUCCCUGAUGAGUGGACGGUGGAGGACAAAGUUCUCUUCGAGCAGGCAUUCCAGUUCCACGGGAAGAGUUUCCAUCGCAUCAGACAAAUGCUACCAGACAAAUCCAUUGCGAGUCUAGUUAAAUAUUACUACAGUUGGAAGAAAACACGAACCAGAACAUCCCUGAUGGACAGACAAGCGCGUAAAUUAACGAGUGGAGGAAAAGAGGGUGAAAAUGGCAGUGAAAAUGGAAGCGAACUUGGUUCCAACACAGACAGCGAAUCCGAGGAAAAAAAAUGGACGAUCCACCGCGGAAUACGACGUGGAAAAAACCAAGCUGUGCCAGGGAACCAAGGUGCCGACGUCAAGGCGACCUCCGACUCGGAAAACAUCCCCCAGGUUCAGGGGUCAUGUAGCAACUGCGGCGUUGCUUGUCAUAGUGUUCGUGCAACGCCCAAGGGACACGCGUGUCAUAGCUGCUAUCUUCACUGGAGACGAACGGGUGUCGCGAGGCCCCUGAGUUCCAUGCCGGGUCGUUCUAACAAAAGAAAACCUCCCCGUGGACUGGUAGUUAAUCACGACGAUCUUGCUGUACUCGCUGGUCAGCCCAACCAGGCAAACAACAGCCUCCAAGCUAUCGACACUGAAAUUGUUAGCCUCAAACGACAAAUUCAAUCCAACAAGCAGCAGGUCAGUGCCCUGAAGCGAAAAACAGCCAAUGGAAUUGAUGAUCUUCGCCCACCUGAGGUGUCCAGUCGCAUCAACGCACGCUGGACAAACGAUGAACUGUUGCUGGCAGUUCAGGGGGUGCGAAAAUAUGGAAAGGAUUUUUCAGCGAUAGCUGAUGUCAUUGGUACCAAAACUGAGGCACAUCUGCGCUCGUUCUUCGUUAAUUAUCGACGAAGAUACAAUCUCGAUGCUGUUCUCAAAGAGUAUGAGGCGGAGAAUGGACCAAUUCUCAUUGAUGAUGAAAAAGAGGAGAAGAUGGAUGUUGAUCAGCAGACAAAUGAGACCACCGACAGCUCAAAAAGCAAGACUUCCGUGAGUGUCAGUCAGACGGUGAAAUAACAUAACGUAGCGUGAAUAUCGCGUUCGCAAAAAGUAAUUUAAUCAAUUGAAUGCAAUUUUUUGAAAAAUCAAUGAGAUAUACUAUGUACAGUACCUAUUACACGUGAAAUUACCGAGAAAAUAUGGAAAAUGUUGACCUGUUUUCUCACAUACUCCAUAGAGAUUAUUUGAUAGAGCGUUUGUCAUUUUUUUUUUCUUCGUCGAUCGAC